AUGAAUGCCAACGAGCCGUGUGAUUCUGCGGCUUCCGUGCAGCUCGGGCCUCGGAAGCAGGAGGCUGUGGGUGUGCUAAGCAGCAGUUGCCACGCAAUCAGGUUUGCCAGCCCAUGGUUGGAGGCAGGCGCACCUGAGGUGGGUCAGCGUGUGGUCUACUGCAGUGACUGCACGCUCACCGGCACCGUCCGCUUUGUGGGGCCCACCAACUUCUCCGAAGGAGAAUGGAUUGGAAUUGUCCUCGACAAGCCUGUUGGCAAGAAUGAUGGGAAGGUCAAGGGCAAGCAGUACUUCGACUGCCCUCCGAACCAUGGCUUGUUCAUGAGGGCCAAGGUGCUGGUGCCAGAAGAGCUGGCAGCUGCGGAUGUGGCAGAGCCGGCGCUGGCUUCGCCGGCCUCGGAGCCGCGAAGUGGCCGGCGUGGCCGGGCGCGGACGGACCGAGGAUUCGAGUCUCAAGACUCCACCCCGAAGUCCGGCACGGCACGCACCCGGCGGGCCAUCCAGAGAUCCAGGGCGGUGGUUCUUCGGUCGGAUCAACUGCAGGAGGUGCUCCGCACCGCGCAGCCGCCCGUGGAGGAGCUGCGCAAGGAGCUGCGGACUGCAGCGGAGGAGAGAGAUUUGGAGGCGCUGCGGCGGCUGUUGCCCUUUGCGACCCUCCAGGGUGUCGCAGAGGCCAGGGAUUUCGCGCAGGUGCAAGCGGCUCUUUUCCAGCAGCUAGAGUUGGUGCACAACAGCUUGCAGGACAUCUCACAGAACAUCCUGUCGCCAAGUGCAUCGCCAGCGAGCGCAAGGCCCUCGGAAGAACUGAGCGCCAUGGUCACGGCGGCGGUGUGCGCGCCCCAGCGAAAGCCAGCGGGCGAGCAGGAACAGAGAGAAGCCACGGCGGAGGUUUUAGCAGAGCUGGCCACUUUGCGCAGGCGCUCGCAGCUGCAUUCAGCUGGGCCUCCUGUGCAGGCGGCCAUCAGCGACGUUCCCUGCGCUGACGAGGACGGAUUUGGCGUGGAUGUCGCCUCAAUGGACAGGCCCGGCCCGCCACUCGCCACCCAAAGACCCAGCCCGCCAGAGCCGCGGCUUGAGGAGGAGGGAGAGAAGAGGAGCAAGAGAACUAGACAGAAGACGAGAGUGGAUGAGGAGCCGGAGAAGUCGGAGAAAGCAGAGCCGGCUGAUGCGGAGGUGUCGGUUACCCUGGAUCCGGAAGUGGACUCCGAGCAGAGUCUUGGCAAGUGGAACCGGGCGGUGAGCGUGCACCACAUUGCCACUACCCUGCAGGAGGAGAUGGCAGCUGCGGAGCUGCAGCCCGAGGCCAAGGUCUACGAGUGCUGGAUCGAGCCAGACGUCAUCCGCAAGAAGGGCGAGCAGGCGGAUCCAGGCGAAUUCUUCCAACUGCUCUGGCAUGCUCUGGCCCACAUCCUGGAGGGAGCUGCCAGUCUGGCGUUGCCUGUGCUGCAGAAAUGGUCCUGCAUGCCUUUGCCCGGGAAAUGCCAUGGCCACCGAGAGCAGCUGGCCCUGACUGCAAGCCCCCGGAUGGCCAGGAGGCUCGCGGCACCGUUUUUGGUGGACUGGGACGGCGACGGGUCGCAUGACCUCCUCGUGGGGGAGAACGACGGCACGGUGAGGUACUACAAGGAGGUCAACGGCAAGUACUUCAUCCAAAGCGGUGCCGGGAACCCCUUCCGCGUGAUCACCGCAGCACCUCGCCGGAACGGCAGCUACUCGGCCGCCACACCGGUGGCUGUGGACUUCGACGGGGACGGUGAGCUGGAACUCGUUCUGUCCGUAGAGGGACGGAUACGCUACUUCAAGCGGCGGGGCGGGGAGCUGUGGGAGGUUGCCGAUAGCCCCUUCAGCAGCAUCAGGUGCAGCUGGUUGAUUUGCCGCUUCGAUGUGGCGGAUUGGGACGGAGAUGGGGACAUGGACGUAGUUGUGUCAGAAGGUCGAGGCCUCGCUUACUUCGAGAAUUCCAACGGCGCGAUGAUUCCCAGGACCGGUGGGAGCAAUCCAUUCCACGAUGUCGUGGCAAAGUAUGUGGACAACCAUCGUGGCUGGGAUGGCUUCUACAGCUCGCCUUGCAUGGCGGACUGGGACGGGGACGGGGACCUGGAUCUGCUGGUGGGUCAGGCCGAUGGCUCGGUGCUGUACUUCGAGCGGGUGGAGAGUGACAAGCCGGUGCAGCAAGAGGGCCCCAGCAACCCGUUUGCAGCGGUGAAGGGCCACGCCUACCCAGCCGUGCACGCCGCAGAUGUGAACGGGGACGGCAAGCUGCAGCUGAUGGUGGGGGAUCUGGAUGGCAAGGUGAACAUCUACAGCCGGAAGCAGGACCUGCGGCUGAGGCGGCGGCAUGGCACGUCCAACCCCUUCCACAGCGCUGGUCUGCUGACAUCAGCGGUGCCAGCUGUUCCCUUGGUAGAUGAGUACAACCAGAUGUACCUCAUGUUCCAGCAGGCGAAUGUGGGCCGGGUGCAGAUCUUUCAGCGCCUGGCCAAUGGCACGCUGCGGAACAUCACCAACGGCACCCCCGCCGCCGCCAGUCUGGCCACCUGGCGCCCUGCAGGCCAGGCCAUCGAUGUUGACUUCAACAAGGACGGUCAGAUGGAUAGGCUGAACAUCUACCACGAUGGCCGGAUUGAGUACCAAGAGCGCGUCAACGGAGUUCUUGAAUGGAAGACUGGGCCAGAGAGUCCCUUCUUCGGGCUGGAUUUGGACAACGGGCUGGCCGAUGCCAAAGUGGCGGGCUUUCUGCCCAUCGAUUGGAACGGGGACGGGAAGAUGGAUCUGCUGAUCGGCCCCUGGGGCCUGGGGCACCUCAAGUACUUCGAAGCGGGCUGGUGCAACCGAAACCCGGGCUGCAACUCCAAGGGCAUUUGCAACGAGGCGACCGGCGACUGCGCCUGCAUGACCGGCUACAACCUUGGCGACUGCUCCGGCUGUGCCAGAGGCUACUUCACCUCGGGGCGACCCUCGGGAGAGUUGACCCAGUACAGCUGCCACAAAUGCCCAGGCAUCCUGAAACACGACGCCCCGUGCAAAAGCCGGGGGGUUUGUAACGAUGACUACAAUGCGAUGGCGGCGGCUCCGGGGAGGUCGAAGGGCGUCGUCCGCGGCAACGGCACCUGCAGCUGCAGCCCGUUUUUCAGCGGCGAGGACUGCUCCAUGGGAGACUGCCCGCCAGGCUUCGAGUACGAUGGCAAGCAGAUUAUCGCGCUCUGCGUCUCUUGCCGGCCCGGCUACUCCAAAGAAGGAGCGAACAACAUUGAGAGAUGCGAGUUGUGCCCUGAAGGGCACUAUGCCAGCGAGAACAGCACGGCGGAGUGCUCGAAGUGCAGCGGCUCAUUCUUCCUCUACGACGUGAACAAGGAGAGGACGGAGUGCACCACGGGGCUGCUGGAGAAUGUGCCCACGUUCUUGGCCGUGCUGCUGUGCAGUAUCCUCAUUUUUCUCCUCCCGCUCUUGCACGGCCUGCCGGUGGUGGUUUUGGACAUCCGCCGCACGCUGGGCGCGGAUGGCCGUGUCCGCAUCACCACCUCCGGAAGACACUUUAUCCUGCACAUGGACAAAGCUCCGCGGGUACGAUUCUGGGGCACAGGGGUGCCACAACUGGAUAAGCAGCGGUAUGGCUUCAGAGCACGAUGCCACACCUCCAGGGAGAUCGAGCUACUUCACAGGGAUGGGGACGACUUCGUCACCGAUCAAAUGGCGUCCUCCACUGGCUGCAUGCAGGUGUUGCCCCGCCACGCCUUUGCCUUCUCUGGGGUCAGCAAGAUCCCUUUUGUGAUGUGGCUGCUCUUUCCAGUGGUGCUCUACGUCACCCUCAUGGUGGUCUUCUGGCCACGAUACACCAAGCCUCUGGCCGCCGUGGGCUUGCACCUCUUCUUGGGCGCUGUCAUUGCUGGCAUAUGGCACUGGCAGAGGUGGCGCUCCCUUUCCAACACCCAGCUGGUCCGUGAUGUCCGAGCCUUCGAAGGGCUGAUCCGCCGCCGCUACCCCCGGCCUUUGAGCUGUCAGAAGGGCGCGAGCCGCGCCAUCUCCGCGCAGCAGCUCCACGACUUCCUGGACUUCUUCCGGAACUAUGUAGGAACGCGGACCACCUACUACGUGGUGCACAACAUCAUUCUGCCCCUUACAGAGCCCUACAAGCUAUCCUAUGCCGAGGUGGCCGGGCCUUCCACUUCGCCUUCGCGGUGGUUCGUGAGCCAUUUCUGGGGCACGCCCUUUGCACACCUGGUCAGCACAGCUGCUCGGCCGCAACGCGAUGGGCCCCUCAAAGAGCCUGGGACGCCACUACUCAGAAGGCGAUUGUGA